UAUAUGUAUAAGUUGUCAAACAAAUACUAUGUUAUUACGUAUAAAUCGAAUAAUGUGAUCCAAAGAAUAAUAGGCGUAUAAGGUAGACGCAUUUUUUCAUAUCUAUAGCUAUCAUAAAUCUGAUAUGAAAGAUGAGUAAUAUUAACACUUGUACAUAUACGUUUUUUUCCUUAUGAAAAACCUUUCUUCAUUGAAGUUGUGACUAUUUUGGAUAGUGGAAGACAGCUUUCAAGUGUAAUACGAAAUAAAUUUCGAAAAAUACAUAUAAGCGAUUUGUUGAUAUAUUCUGCGAUCUAUAUUUAACCAUUUUGCGUAAAUUGUUUUGAUCGUGUGUAUAUGUGGUCAAUACAUGUAAUAUACCGCGAAACAGCAGUGAAGUCAAAAUGUGUUGAGAUGGUAGUCGCUUAUGCCGGGUAAACACGGAGCCCGCGAUGAAACGUCAAUGCAUAGUGCUGAGCUAUUUUCCUUCUUAGAAUUUAUUUUACAAAUGACACGGAACAAUGACGAGCUCGAGGAUCCAGAUAAUAAAAUACUUUAUAUUUCUGUCGAUCUUCCUAUUAGCACAGAGUGCAGUAUGCGAUGGAAACUUUAGGGUAAAUAGGACUGUACCUGAUGGAACUGUAAAAAAAGAUAACGCACAUAAUUCGUUAGAGAAACAAAAAGUACCGCAACAAGAUGCAACAACGAUUCAUGAGGGUAAUAAAACGGUAAACGAUACGACCUUAAAAGCAGACGUUAAUAAAACUAAUACACAAGUCACAGGAUCGCGAAAAGAGCAUGUGGGCGAGGGACAUACAACUUCUUUAAAUGUUGGAGCUCUGAAGCGUGGAUUUUAUGUGUUUGUGGGCCUAAGUGUUCUUGUCAUGGCCUAUAUCGUGUUCCGUAGCUUUAGAUUAAGUAAAACACGUGCCCAAAUGGUCAGAAAGUAUGGUGUUCUUACACACAGACAAGAUGUUGAAAUGAGACCAUUACCGUUAAGCGAAGAAGAUGAUGAGGAUACUACUGUUUUUGAUGCCAGUAAUGUUAUGACAAAUAAUGUUCAACAUCAAAAUUUAUGAAGUAAAUCAGCAUAGAGUAUGCUGAUCAUACUAUCGUAUAAAUUUUUAUUUGUACAAGAAACUUUCUUCAGAAUUGAUGGUAUUUAAAAAGUCAAAGUGUACAUCACUUUGAUACACACAAUAUUUCCUGAUUAUUUUUUCAUAUAAAACUGCUUGUUUGCAUCUUUUAAAUUCCAAUAUCAGAUAUAAAUUCAAAGAUGCACUUAUCUGUAUAAAUGAUGCUUUAUGGCAAUAGAUGUUUUCUAUUAAAUAAAAAAUGAGAUGUUUUUAUGACACUUCUCUAGUUUCUUAAUAUAAGUAAGUAAUGAAAGAAACAAAAAAACUUACAUACUCGUUGCUUAUAAAUGAAUAAAUGAUGAGUAUCUAUAUCUACUCUUAUACAGACUAUAUUUUAAGUAAACUGUGUUGUUAUAAUUGAAAUUAUACAAAUACAGAUUGUCUCUAUUUUAUUUAAUGCCACAUGUUUAAUAAACAUUAUCUAUAAAAAUA